CACCAACCGGGCAAAAUCGUUCCUGGUAGCAACAAUGCAAUUCCCGAGUUUACCGCAGAGGUUCUGCCAGCCGGCAGUGCACCAGCUAAGGACACCUACGAGCCACAUCCCGAAAACGAAGCCCCUCCAGUCCAGAACUACUACAAGAAGGGCGUCGGCGAAGGGGAGACUGCAAAGGCUUCAGACACCAUACAAGGAGCGACAUCUGGUGAUGUGCACCAGGGUCUUGGUAAGCCCAUAGAGCAGAGCUCGGCAGAGCUUCGCAGCGGUGCCAAUGCUCGAAGUGGAGGUCCCGAGGGUGUUGGUGGCAGUGCGACUCAGUCUACGGUCAACCCGCAUGAUCCUCAACACAAGAGUCAGCGUGCGUUGGACAAGGACGAUGCUGUGAUCGGACGGGGUGAGAAGGCUUCUGCGCAGGAUCGCGAGCCACAGGGUGCCGAGUCUGUUGCGUCUGAGAUGAAGUAG